AUGGGAGUUCGAGGAGCACUCCGCCUUCUGCUCGUGUGCCUGAGCCCAGCGCUGCUGACUGCUGUGCGGAUCAACGGGGAUGGCCAGGAGGUCCUGUACCUGGCGGAAGGUGAUAACGUGAGACUGGGCUGCCCCUACAUCCUGGACCCUGAGGACUAUGGCCCCAAUGGACUGGACAUCGAGUGGAUGCAGCUCAAUUCAGACCCCUCCCAUCGGGAGAAUGUAUUCCUGAGCUACCAGGACAAGAGGAUCAAUCACGGCAACCUCCCCCACCUGCAGCAGAGGGUCCGCUUCGCCGCCUCGGACCCCAGCCAGUACGAUGCCUCCAUCAACCUCAUGAACCUGCAGGUGUCGGACACGGCCACUUACGAGUGCAGGGUGAAGAAGACAACCAUGGCCAGCCGGAAGGUCAUCGUCACUGUCCAAGCUCGGCCUGCGGUGCCCAUGUGCUGGUCCGAGGGCCACAUGACCCGUGGCAACGACGUGGUGCUGAAGUGUUUUGCCAACGGCGGCACCCCGCCGCUCUCCUACAAGUGGGCCAAGAUCAGCGGGCACACCCGCCCCUACCGGGCCGGCUCCUACCACUCCCAGCACAGCUUCCAUUCCGAGCUCUCCUACCAGGAGUCCUUCCACAGCUCCCUGAACCAAGGUCUGAACAACGGUGACCUGCUGCUGAAGGACAUCUCCCGCGAGGACGACGGACUCUACCAGUGUACAGUGGCCAACCACGUGGGCUACAGUGUGUGUGUGGUGGAGGUGAAGGUCUCAGACUCCCGGCGCGUCGGCAUGAUCAUAGGCGCAGUGCUGGGCUCUCUGCUCAUGCUGGGCUGUCUGCUGGUGGGCAUCUGGGGGCUCAUCUGCUGCUGCUGCGGGGGCCAGGGGGCCGGCGGCGCCCGCGGUGCCUUCGGCUACGGCAACGGCGUUGGCGGCGGGGUCGGCGGCGGCGGGGCCUGCGGCGACUUGGCUAGUGAGAUCAGAGAGGACGCCGAGGCGCCCGGGUGCAAGGCCAGCGGGCGCGGCCGCAGCGUCACCCACCUGCUGGGGUACCCGACGCAGACCGUCAGCCGCUCCCUGCGCCGCAAGUACGCGCCCCCGCCCUGCGGCGGCCCCGAGGAUGUGGCCCUGGCGCCCUGCGCCGCCGCCGCCGGCCCCUGCGAAGCGGGCCCCUCCCCGGUCUACGUCAAGGUCAAGAGCGCGGAGCCCGCCGACUGCGCCGAGGGGCCGCGGCAGCGCACCGACGGCCUCCUGGUGUGA